AUGGACACAGAAGAUCUUUUCAAUCUUCUCAAAGACAAGCAACCACUUUAUCGGGACUUAUUCGACCGAAUUUCGGCUCCCGAAGCAGAAGGCCUUCAAGAACUCUAUGCUGCCUACUCGAAGUCUAUAUCUGUUCCUUUGGUGAUUGCGGCUGUGAUUCGAUUUGACAUGCCUCUCUGUGAUCAAGCUGUUAAUGUACUUCAUGAAGUUUUGCCACGGCACGAGCUUAUUGAUGUGUUUCCUACUGUAAUGCCUGAAGGCAUGGAUAAUGGUCUUAUAUAUGUUGAACAGGAUGGUGAAGAACCAUUUCGAUAUAGUCACUUUGUAGCCAAGGUUAGUAGUUACUAA